AGAGCUCUGAGAGUAUUUCAAAGGACCAAAAGCCCCUCUCUUGGGGUCUGUUUACGAUGUACUUCCAGUGUAUCCGCUCAAUCACCAGCGGAAUCAUCAUCAACCGCCAGACUGAGGUUCGCCCCUUCACCCACCGGUCAUCUUCAUCUGGGUGGUCUACGAACAGCCCUUUUCAACCAUCUUUUGGCCAGGAAAUGGAAGGGCAAAUGGAUCUUACGGAUAGAAGACACAGAUAGGGUGAGACUUGUGGAAGGUGCCGCGGAUGCCUUACGGGACAUUUUGGAAUGGGCAGGUUUGGACUAUGAUGAGGUAGGAGUGGGGAGAGGCGGGUCUCAUGGACCUUACAUACAGUCUGAACGUUUAGACAUAUAUCGUCAUCACGUAGACGUUCUUCUCUCAAGUGACCAAGCCUAUCAUUGUUUCUGUACUCCAGACGAAUUACUCAAAAUCCGUCAAGAGCUUCUCGCAAAGGGAGCUCGAUAUCCUUAUGAUGGACGAUGUCGUCAUCUAACCUCCGAAGAUGUGCAGAGACGUAAACGAGCAGGAGAGAAGUAUACCGUUCGUUUCAAAACUCCAGAAAGCGUACCUCGUAUGCCACCGGAUUUGGUAUUUGGCGAUGUUCAAAUUCCCUGGGUGGAAGGUCAAGAUGAUUUCAUCAUACUCAAAUCAGAUGGGUGGCCGACUUAUCACUUAGCAAGUGUAGUAGAUGAUCAUUUGAUGGAGAUAUCUCAUGUACUCCGUGGUGAGGAGGAAUGGUUACCCAGUACACCUAAACAUCAUAUGUUGUAUGAAGCCUUUGGAUGGAAAUCACCAAAAUUCGCACAUUUACCUUUAUUGGUCAAUGCCGAUAGGUCGAAACUUUCCAAACGGAUAGGAGAUGUUCGAAUAGACCAUUACAGACAAGAAGGUUACGAACCUGAAGCCCUCUUGAACUUUGUCGCUUUGAUGGGAUGGGAUCAUCACACCGCUAUUUCUUCCCUCUCUCAAGAGCCCGAAGGUCUACCUCCUCACUCGCGACACGAUGAUCAUUCAUUGUACGAAGUCUUCAGCGUUCCUCAACUCAUAGAGGCCUUCGAGCUGAAAGAUGUAAAUCAUCGAAAAGCAGCGGUAAACCUGUCAAAGCUUGACUUUCUCAAUAAGAUGACGUUACGAAGAAAGGCUGGGAGAUUAGGGGAAGAUGGAUUGUUGGUUAAUUAUGGGAAAGUAUCUGAUGAUGAAGGGAAGGAGAGAAGAGAUUUGUUGAAGAGAUUACAGAGGAUGUUGAAGGCAGAAGAUAUCUUGAAAGACAAUGAUUUGGUAGAAGAUAUAAAUUAUGUCGAAAAAGUCUUUGACUCAGAACUUCCCCGUAUUCGAAAAUUAAAUGAGAUACCCACAUCAUCCACUUUCUUCUUUCUAGAGCCCAAUUACGACACUGUGGAAGCACGAGGUAUGCUACGGAAUUUUCCUCUUGAAUCAUAUGGCAAGUCCUACUCCUCUCUGGGAUAUAUCUCCACUGACGGAAAAGUGAACAAUAUCAAGUCCGUCCUGAGAGCGUUGAACGACCGAUUAGAGGUUUCAGACAUGUCGGAAGAUCUCGUUUGGGAAGCUAUCAACGAAGUUUUGAUACAGUCGCACAUCAGAAAACGAUCAGUUUUGUUGAUGCCUAUGCGUCAUGCUCUCACCGGAUGUCUGAAAGGUCCUAGUGUACCCAGUACCAUGUCUGUCCUGGGUUCCAUACGUAGUCUUGCCAGACUUCGAGCGGGGCUCGAUUACGUC